AUGUGGUUGGUGGCCAAUGAACAGGCGGUCCAGAGGGCUCUGACCGACGCACUGAUCGGUGAUCGUAAGGACCGGUUGAGUGCCGCCGACCAGCGAUUAGCUAAAAAUAAAUCAAAAACAUUCGUUCGAGUUCUGUUCCCCACAACCCAACUGUCCCUCACUAUUAUAACCCCAUCCGUAGACACAGUCAUCACCGGUGACCACAAUAUCGAUAGACUUAGUCCCAUUUCGCCGCCACACCGACCCCUCCACCAGCCUUCGUCGAUCAUCACUAUAUCAGUCGACAUUCAGCGUAUACUAGACUUUGUAUUACUCGCGAACCUGGUCUGGUCGGCGCCCUUUCAGAUCGCCAUCGCUUUAGUCUUAUUGUGGCGCCAAUUAGGGGCCGCCAGUCUCGCAGGACUCGUAUUUUUGGUGAUUUUAAUGCCAUUUAACGCAUAUAUGGCUAAUAAAGUGCGAAAAUAUCAAGUGAUUCAAAUGGAGGCGAAGGACCAGAGGGUUAAACUCAUGAGUGAAAUAUUGAAUGCCAUAAAAGUGUUGAAAUUGUACGCCUGGGAGAAGCCGUUCGGUGACCGAGUGGUCAGCGCCAGGGAUAAGGAGGUGAAUGCGCUGAACAAAGUGGCCGUAUAUGAGGGCGCAAUGAUAUUCACGUUUGUCGGUUUAUUCAGCUUUAUGGCAUUUGUCUUAAUGUCUUCCGAUAAUAUUCUCGACCCUAACAAAGCGUUCGUGUCGUUGACGUUGAUAUCCCUUAGGGUCGCGUUGGGCGCAAUUAAUAUACUGACCCUUGCCUGUUUGGGUUUCGUUUCGUUGGCACCCAAACUUAAAAUUAUGAUAUUUUCCAACACUAAAGUGACUCCAAACAUACCAGGCAAGGGUCAGUAUAUUAAUUGCGCCCAACGCGACCUUAGGUGUUGGGUAUCCCUAAACAGAAUCGAUCGCUUCAUGAAUGCCAACGAAAUUAAUGAAAAUACUAUUUCUAUGGAUAAAAAUAAUGCAAAUAAAUCGAUAAUUGUUAGGAAUGCAACAUUUUCCUGGAAUAUAGGGCCUGGAUCUGCGGUACUCAACAAUAUAUCGCUGGAAGUAUCUGACAAGAGAUUAGUGGCUGUCGUGGGUUCGGUGGGCGCCGGGAAGUCGUCUCUAUUGGCCGCACUGUUGGGCGAAUUGGCAAUACUCGAGGGCAGCGCUGGUGUCAACGGAACCGUCGCUUACGUACCGCAAGAGCCGUGGAUUCAGAAUAAGACACUCAAAGAGAAUAUUGUGUUCACUAAUGAAUUAAAUGAUGAAUACUAUGAACGAGUGCUCGAAUCGUGUGAUUUAGUGCCAGACUUGUCGGUCCUUCCGGACAGAGAUAUGACAGAAAUCGGGGAAAAGGGUAUCAAUUUGUCCGGCGGUCAGAAACAGAGGGUUUCACUCGCGAGGGCUGUCUAUUCUAACCGCGAUAUCUAUUUACUCGACGACCCGUUAAGCGCUGUCGACCCACAUGUGGGCAAACAUUUGUUUGACAAAACUAUCGGUAGAAACGGUUUAUUAAAAGACAAAAUACGAAUAUUGGUUACAAAUUGUGUCACUAUUUUGCCAAAUGUGGAUCAAAUUGUGGUCAUAAAAAAUGGUUACGUCUCGGAAUCGGGAACUUAUGAGGAGCUGAUCUCAAAAAAUGGUUAUUUCGCCCAAUUUGUGGCCGAAUAUCUAUCGGAACAGCCGGACAAUGAACUGGAAAAUGAAGAUAAGUUUAGCGAUGAAUCGGUAAAGUGUCUAAAAGAGCAAACAUUUGACAAAAACAUUAUUCAACAAAAAUUAACAAUCAAAACGAGCGCACAGAUGACCGGAGCCGAGCGCUCGGAAACGAGCUCUGUUGGACUCGGAGUAUACAAAAAAUUUAUUUCACUAAUUGGUGGCCGAUUUUGCGCCGCCAUUAUUGUGUCGGCUGUGGCCGCGACAACGGCUCAGAUAUUAUCGGGCAUUUGGCUGAGCGAGUGGUCGGACGACUCGCUUGACUCAAUCAAUAUAGUAAACGACACAAAUGGGCGUUACGUACGGCUCGGCGUUUACGCCGGAAUCGGUGUGUUUGACACGAUUUUCAAUUUAAUCGCCAACAUUGGCAUCAGUUUGGGCUGCAUUCGGGCGGCCAAACACUUGCAUAACAUAAUGUUGAACCGCGUAUUGAAAACACCAAUGCAGUUCUACAACACAACACCGAUGGGUCGGAUCCUGAAUUGGUUCAGCGGUGACAUGGAUUCGACGGACGUAUCGCUCGUAUUCAGCGUUCGGAUGACAAUAACGCUGUUUUUGCGGGCAUUCGUCGCCCUAUUUAUGAUUAGUUUGGAGACGCCUAUCGUAUUGACGGCAAUCAUUGUCACGGCUUUCAUCUAUUAUUACAUUCAAAAGCUAUAUAUCCCGAGCUCUCGACAACUCAAACGCAUUGAGUCGACCACUCGUUCGCCAAUAUAUAUUCAUUUUGGCGAAACAGUCAGCGGUUCCGCCAGUAUUAGGGCUUACGGAGUGUCCCAUCAGUUCAUACAAGAGUCCAAUAGACGGGUCGAUGAAAACCACAUGUGUUAUUAUCCGUGCUUUACAGCCGCCCGAUGGCUGGCCAUUAGGCUUGAAUUUCUGGGCUAUUGUAUUGUAUUUGUGACGGCGGUGUUGGCUGUGUUGUAUAAACAUAAACUAACGCCCGGUGUCGCGGGUCUGGCCAUUAGUUACGCGCUAAACAUAACCAGUGUUUUGGCGUCGUUUGUAAAAACUGUGUCGACUCUCGAAACCAAUAUCGUAUCCGUCGAGAGGUGUCUGGAAUAUACGCACAGUCCGACAGAACCUGAAUGGUAUAAUAAGGCGACAAAACCUCUGCCCCACUCGUGGCCGGAAAGGGGAGAAAUAAAGUUCAGUGAAUACAGCGCUAGAUAUCGGGAAGGAUUGGAUUUAGUGCUUAACGCGAUUACAUUCGCAGUGAAACCCGCAGAGAAGGUGGCAAUAGUCGGCCGAACCGGCGCCGGAAAGUCGUCGCUAACUCUGGGGCUGUUCCGACUCAUAGAGCCGGUCAACGGCGCCAUACUUAUAGACGACGUGGACAUCAGUGCACUCGGUUUACAUGAGUUGAGAUCUCGGCUAACAAUUAUACCGCAAGAGCCGACUCUUUUCACGGGAACAUUGCGUCACAAUUUGGAUCCAUUCAACCACUGGUCGGACAACGAUAUCUGGCGGGCGUUAGAGUUGGCACAUCUCCGGCCAUUUGUAGACACAUUGGAAAAGGGAUUGAGUCAUGAGAUCUCUAAAGGCGGCGACAAUCUAAGUGUUGGACAAAAACAGUUGAUUUGUUUGGCCAGAGCUUUGUUGAGGAAAACUAAGGUCUUGGUGUUGGACGAGGCGACCGCUGCGGUUGAUAUGGAAACGGAUGACUUAAUCCAAGAGACGAUUAGAAACGAGUUUUGUUUGUCAACUGUGGUUACGAUCGCUCAUCGAUUGAAUACAAUCAUAGAUUACGACAAAGUGUUGGUAAUAGAUAAGGGAAUGGUAGCCGAGUUUGAUUCACCCCAUCAUCUCUUGCAAAACACUAACUCUAUCUUCUAUUCAAUGGCCAAAGAGGCAAAUCUGGUCUAA